AUGCAGAAAGCUUCCUUUUUGAAGCUUGGUGACCAAGGUGGGACGAAGCCCACUUGCGUCCCUGGAAGGUGCGCCGCACACAUGGCUGGUAGGGAGAGUGGGCGCCACACGCGCGUGGCUGGAAGGUGGGGAACAAGAGGCUGCUGCUGCUUUUUCCGAGCCAAUGGGAGAGGGCCACGUGACGCUGAUGUCGGCAGGGGAGAAGAAGAGGGCCAAAUGGGCUUUUAUGUUUUAAUGAAGUUGUUGAUGUCGGAUGAAGAUAGUAGUGAGAAGAUAUGUGUCAUUCCCAUAGUGGGGAUGGGUGGGAUUGGGAAAACUACCCUCGCUCAAUCUCUUUUCAAUGAUGAACGAGUGAAGAAGAAGUUUGAAUCUAGAGCUUGGGUGUAUGUUUCAGAUAAAUUUGAUUCCACGGCUGUGACAAAAAAUCUCCUUCAAGAAUUAGCACCGAAUGAUGUUGGUAAUGACAUGACUUUGAAUUUAGUUCAACUUAAUUUGUCAAAUAAGUUAAUGGGAAAGAAGUUUUUGAUUGUCUUAGACGAUGUUUGGGAAGAUGAUUAUGCGCAGUGGACAGAAGUGAUGAAGCCUUUUAACGGUGGAGCAAAAGGCAGCAAAAUAAUAGUAACAACAAGAAAUGGAAAAGUUGCAAAUAUCAUUCGAACUGUUGAUACACACCAACUUAGAGAAUUAUCAGAAGACGAGUGUUGGGCACUAUUUGUGAAACACGCUUCUAGUGAAAACUCUAGAAAGUUUACUAAGAACCCAAAUUUAGAAAGGAUCGGUAGAGAAAUUUCCAAGAAAUGUAAUGGUUUACCUUUAGCUGCUAAAGUUAUGGGAGGCAUCUUGAGAUCAACGUUAGAUGUAUGGAGAUGGGAACAAAUAGCAAGGAAUAAUAUUUGGGAGUUGACACAUGAAAGGAGUGAGGGCCUUCCAGCUGCUUUAGAAGUGAGCUACUACUAUCUUCCUCUACACUUGAAAAGGUGUUUCGCUUUUUGUUCAAUAUUCCCAAAAGGCUAUCAAUUUCAAAGACAAGAGUUGGUCUUAUUAUGGAUGGCUGAAAAUCUAGUCAUGCGCUCCAAGGGGAAUAGAAUAAUGGAAGAAUUUGUCGAUGAGUACUUUGAUGAUUUAGUAUUCAUGUCAUUUUUUGUAAAAUCCAAGGACGGGAGAGGUAGAUCUAUUUUUCUGAUGCAUGAUCUACUUGUGGAUUUUGCUAAAAAUGUUUCAGGAAAGUAUAGUUUUUUAUUAGAGCACAUGUUGUGA